GGCCGCCAUCUUCCCGUCCCGGGCAGCCAGCGCCAGUCGGAGCCAGCGCGAGCCGCCGCCGCUGCCGCUGCCAUCACUGUCGCUGCCAAGUCCUCCGCCCGCUUCCCCCGCCAUGUCGGCUACCGCUGCCACCGCCCCCCCUGCCGCUCCGGCUGGGGAGGGAGGCCCCCCUGCACCCCCUCCGAACCUCACCAGUAACAGGAGGCUGCAGCAGACCCAGGCCCAAGUGGAUGAGGUGGUGGAUAUCAUGAGGGUGAACGUGGACAAGGUCCUGGAACGGGACCAGAAGCUGUCGGAGCUGGAUGACCGUGCGGAUGCACUCCAGGCGGGGGCCUCCCAGUUUGAAACAAGUGCAGCCAAGCUCAAGCGCAAAUACUGGUGGAAAAACCUCAAGAUGAUGAUCAUCUUGGGAGUGAUUUGCGCCAUCAUCCUCAUCAUCAUCAUCGUUUACUUCAGCUCUUAAAUCCCUGAGGAGCCUGCCCUGCCCAGAGAAGGGCCUCUCCCCAUCCCCAGCCGCUCCUCCACCUCUCAGCCAUAUCUUCCAGCCCCCCUCCCGUGGAUCCGUGUGUGUGUGUCCCUGUGUGUGUGCACCCCCCUGUAAAUAGCCAGCUGUUAUUUAUACAUAUAUAAUAUUAUAUAUAUUUGGUCUGUUUGUAGUUUUAUUACUAGAAGAUUUUUCCGGUUGUCCUUAACACCCCUUCCUGAGGUUCCCAUCACUUCCUUUCUCUUUUCCUCCUCCCCUUUCCCUCUUUCCCUGACCAGUCCCAAGUUCCUUCUUUUGCAUCUGCUAUGCAAUAGUCCCUCUUCCUCUCCUUCCUUGGAUAUAACUGAUCCUUCCUCUCACCCUGUUCUUCCCCAUGCCUCCAUCCCACCCCCCUACAAAAAACAAAAAGCAACUGUCCAGGCUUCCCUAGGUGCAUCUCUGCAUCACUGGGAGGCACUGAGACUCAACCCACUUGGUCCUAAGAAUCCCAAGUUCUUCUGGGAGCUUCCAGCAUGUUAAUUAGCAUUCAUUUGCAUUUUGACAUCUCUUGGUUUCUUUCUUUUUUAUUCUAUCACUCUUCAUUUUUGGACUCAUGUUUCUUGUUUUCUUAAGAGUUACUAUCCAUUGGUCCUUGUAUCAUACUUUCAUUUGCAUGACAUUACUUGCAGAUGGUGGGGAGCCUGGGCUUUUGGGGAGUCAGGUUGUUCUGGCCCCCAGAAUCUCCCCAUCUUACCCUCUUUAGUCCAGUUUGCCUCCCCUACCCCCAUUUUCCAAACCUCUUGUCCUCUCCUCUCCCACCCCCCCCACCCCAGCUGGUGUGUAAGUGUCUUGGAGUUCAGUGUGUUAUGAUGGACCAAUAAUUCUGCCACUUGGAGUCUCUCCCCACAUUCCAGCUCCCCAUUUUUCAUGUGGGGCAUUCAACUGACAUUCCCAUGGGGUCUCCCUCCCUCCCAUCUGCCUGAUCUGCCUCCUCCUCCUCCCACUAGGAGAGUUGGGGGUUGGCCACAAUCUGAUCUCUUGGGAGAGGUGGCUACCAGUGUGUGGGGGGUCAUCACUGCCUUGGGGAGGAAUGGGGCAGGGCAGAGAAUCCCCCCAAUUCCUGCCUGAAAUCUCCUCUGGCCCCACCCCUGCUGGGAAUUGAACUGAAAAAUCCUCCUCCCCAAUUUGGGGGGUGUUGCCCCCAUCACUGCCCAGCUCCUCUGACUACCCCCCUGAAUUCAGGGUGGGGGUACUAGUCACUGCCAAUGUGUGUAUGGGACUUGCUGGAAGGUGGGGAUUCUUGACCCUCUCCAGGGCAGCUAAGCUGUCUCCUUAGGUGAAGUGAUAGAGGAAGGGUAUGUCUUUUUCGAUGGCACAAUUUUAGGGGUCUGAGGGUGCAGUCCCUUAACCUGCCACUGGAGGGGAUCCCCCAAAUUUCUUCCCCCCACACUCAAGGUUUCUGUGUGGAGGGGGAGCAGGGAGAUCUAAGAUGUAGUGUGAACGGGUAGGGAGAGAUGCUGGGGGUGGGGGUGCUGUGUUCUAGACCCCCCAUUUUAUCCCAGUGUCCCCUGCCCCCCUUCCCUCACCCCAUGCCCCCAAUUCUGUGGCGCAUCCAGAUUGUGAAAAUGUACAAUAAAUGUGUAAUGAGUAAUAAAA